AGAAGUUGUCUCCAGCACUGACGAAAAAGUCCAGAUUUGGAAUCUACGAAAAAGAAUGUUGUGACUUGUGUGCAGAGAGACUUGUGACCAACGUUAUUUUAUUUCUUCUGUCCAAUUAUGGCUCGUGCUAAAAGAAAACCAAAGAAGAAAACCAAGCUUGUCCAGAAGGAUGACAUUGAGGGCGAUAGUCCAGAUCCGGAGUCUGAAGAAUUCUUCAAUGAUGAUGUAGAUAAAUUUCACAGCAAUCGAGAAAAGGUAUUGUUAGAUAAAUCAUCUCAGUCAUCAGAUGAGGAAAUGGAAGGAUUUGAGCAACUAGAGGAAGUUCUUGGAUUAGAUCUUGAGUCUGACAAUGAAGAUGAAGAUGACAUAGAAAACCUUGAGGGUGGUUCCAGUAGUGAUGAAGACAUUGAAAAAGGUAUUCCCAGUGAGAAAGCUUGGGGUAAAAAGAAAAAGGUUUAUUAUGAUGCUGAUCAAUCCAGGGAAAAAGAUCUUGAUUCUGAAGAAGAGGAAGCUUUGGAUAAAGAGGAGGAAGAAGAAGCGCUGAUGUUGCAACAAAAUAUGGCAGCACGUUUGGAUGAAAAUGACUUUGAUAUUGAUUCAUUUGAGUUACUAACUGGUGACGUGGGAGAAACAGCAAAAUCUAAAGAAGUUGAAAAGGCAAAACAAGAGAAAAUAAUCAUGGACCUAUCGAAAUUAUCCAAAGAAGAAAAAAUAAAGCUGUUAGCUAAAGACUCUCCUGAACUUUUUGAGCUUCUGGAAGAUCUAAAAGAAAAGCUUGCUGAUGUAACCGGUUGUUUGUUUCCACUUGUUCAAAUGGCAAGGUCUGGAAAAAUCACAAACCCACAGGGAGUGGAAUAUCUGGAGAUGAAGCACCAGUUAAUCAUGAAUUAUCUAGUCAAUGUUUCCUUCUAUCUGCUCUUAAGAGCACAUCAAACUCCAGUGAAGAACCAUCCAGUUAUAGAACGACUUGUACAGUACAGAGAGCUUAUAAAACAGCUAGAACCACUUGAUGAUAAGCUUCGCAGUGAUAUGGAAUAUUUUCUUUCCAGAUAUAAGAAUAGCCUUCAAGAAGAGCGCCAAAACGAUAGCUCAGAACCAAAGGAAAACGAAAGUAAUAACGUGGAUAAGAAGAAGAUUUCCAAAAAGAGAGUGAAGUUUGAGAAAGCUGAGACUGCAUCCGAAGUACUGAACGAUGCUGUUGUCUUGAACGGUUUGGUCAGCAAGAAACGAAAGAAACUUGAGGAUCUUGAUCCACUGAGUUAUUACGAGGCCAUUCGUGAUAUGAAAAGGAAAAGAAAGGAGGAACGUCGUAAAGCGCACGAAAUGUCAAUGAGAGAAGACGUGGACAAUAUUGAUAUCGAGGACGAAGGGGAUGCUGAGGGAAAGCGGGGUAUAACAUACCAGAUCUCAAAGAAUAAGGGCCUCACUCCCAAACGCAAGAAAGAAGUCCGCAAUCCUCGACUUAAACACAGAAAGAAAUUUGUCAAGGCUAAAAUCAAACGAAAGAGCAAGGUCAAUCCUGUGGUUAAAGAGAUCACUCGGUAUGGAGGAGAGAGCACUGGAAUCAAGACUCAUCUCACACGCGGCAUUAAGAUUAAAUAAGGUGUUCCAGGUACCCGUGAAUAGCCUGCGCACAGGCGAGCUAGCAGGAAGAUUAGAGAUAUGGAUCAAGGCCACUGAUAGUGAUCAAGGCUAUAUAGAUAACCCACAUUAUUUAUAUAGAAACUCUUUGGGCAAAGCUUAGCUAAUUUCUUAGGAAAAGUUUGCGGCCUUUCGUUGGCUGAAACCUGGGCUUAAUAUAGCUACCCUUUACUUUAUUAAUUAUGCCAAAAAUAGUGCUAUUAGUGGAAAGAAUUUCACCAUGGAAACGGUAAAUGUGGAUAAAAUAUUUCAGGAAUUAAACAUUUUAAGUAUCAUGCAUCCUGUUGAGUGGUUUUGCAUGAUUAUGUUGACCCGUUAUAGCCCAGUAAACUGACACGGGCGCGUUCAAAUUAGACUAGACAUUCAGUAAUUUAACGAUAUUUACUAGAAUUGGGGAAAUGUUUAAAAAGCCUAAUAUAUUUGCUAUUUUAUAUACUCGAAGU